AUUCAGGAAAACAUGGCGGCUUCGUCCAAACCUUCGACAGACCCCAACACAAACAUCCCAGAUUAUGAACACGCUGAUGUUAACAGUAAAGUGUUUCAUAUCGGCUCUUUUAGAGACGAGUGGCUGAAGAGACUGAAGCCGAGUAACUUCUCCUACCAGCAGGAGGACGAGGACACGUUCAUUGCUAACUUUGCUAAAGAGAUGGGUAUCAGUGCGGAGACCAUGGCUGACCUCAAGUCCAUCUGCAGUGUUGAUUCGCUCCGUUGCCACCCUGAGGAUCAGCAGCCUGAUACAGAAGUUGUUCCUCCAGACCCAACGCUGAAAACACUUGUACAAAGAAAAAAGAGACAAGAUUACAGAGCUUCUCUAAAAAUCAACAAGAAUAGACACGACCUCUACGCGGAUGAACUGGAGCGUUUAACUGUUGGUAGGAAACCAGAGGAGGCGGCCAACAUUGUUCUUGAAGGAGAAGUCAUUCUAACCAUCAACGUCUACUACCCGGCUGUUUUUGAGAGAUUUAGCUACGUCAGACCCCACAUAAGUCUGCUGAUGACGGGCUCCCAUACCUUGGCAGAGCUCAGGGAUGCCAUCUGCUGUGUCAGUGAAUUGCAAGUGUGCGGAGAGUUCAGCAACACGCCGGACAUGGCGCCUGACUUCAUCAGCAAAGAUCAUUUCAAGUCAGCUUUCUUUUUCUUCGAAGGAGUUUUCUAUAACGACAUGCGAUACCCCGAGUGUCAGGACAUCAGCAUGACUACCAUUGAAUGGGCAAAGGCCCACAACUUCCCAUCCUACAGCCAGGCCAAGAUGGAGGACACACGAUUCGUGGAUCUGAAAGUGAAAGUGGGCUUCCCGUACCUUUACUGUCACCAGGGAGACUGCGAACAUCUCGUCAUCAUCACAGAUGUCAGACUGGCCCAUAAGAAGGACUGCCUGGACAGGAAGCUGUACCCACUCCUCACACACAAGCACAGGGUCGUCACCCAGAAGUGUGCCGUCUGCCACGUCUUCAUUGGAAGAUGGAUUACUUCCAACGAUCAGUUUGCUCCGAGUGACCCGUGUCUCUUCUGUGACAAGUGCUUCCGGAUGCUGCAUUACGAUGCUCAAGGCAACAAGCUAGGAGACUUCCUGGCCUAUCCCUACGUGGACCGAGGUGCAUUCAACUAAUGCUGUUCUUUGGUGAACCUCUAAGAUAAAUGCUGUAUAAUACAGUGAAAAGUUUUGAUAUUUCCGAGAGAAAUGUUUUGGGAUUUACGAUGUUUAUUUUGUUAAAAAAUGAACUGUUUUCGUUUAGUAAUGCUUUGAUUUUACAAACUACCUUGUUUGAAAUAAACAGCAAAUGUAAAUGUU